AUGGCAGUUCCUAGCGAUGGCAUGAUGAAUAACAUACCACGCGUGGAACAGCUCGUGGGCGACGAAUGCCGCAUCUGUCUCAAAUCCUGCCCGGAGGCGUGCCAGCUAUUCUGCAACGAUGGCGGGAUACCGGAGAAGUUGAUGGCCAUCGCCGCCGUACAGGUACUGGAAGGAGAUGGCUUGCCAGUUUACAUCUGUUCAGCUUGUAAUCAUUUGCUCGAUGUAUCCUAUAACUUUAGAUGCCAGAUUCAAAAUGCCGACGAAAGACUACGACAGAUUCUGAAGUUGCAGAUUCAGCCUAUGUUGCACAAUGUGAAACAUGUGAAGGAUACCAUCAUAAUCAAAGAUAUCGCGGAUGCCAUAUCUAAUGUAGUAUGUUGCAAAAAAGAUAAUCAUAUAGAGCAAAACAUUUCUUCGUCUCACAAUAUUGUUGUGUUUAAUGAUACUGCCGUUCAGUCUGAUGUGGUAAUCAAUGACUCUCAUAUAAGUGACUCUCAUAAGAUACAAAACACAGAAAUUAUAGAAUCAAGUGAAAAAGAUGUACUGUAUGGUACAGUUAAAGAUAAUAUACAUAAUGUUGAAAUGAUGGAAAUAACCUUAUGUCAUGAAGCACAUAUGGAUGAUGCAGUUGUCGAUCAUUCAGAUCAAUUGUCUAGUUCAAUAAUGGAAGACAGAUGCAUUAAACAAGAGGAUUUGAUAUUACCUGAAGAUAAUGAAACAUCAGGAAAUUUAACAGACGAAAAUAGAGAAGAUAUAUUAAAAAUUGAAGCUAAGAAUAUGUUGCUGAAAAAUUUGGAUGACCACAGCAUUUCAAAGGAAACCAUAGUGUUAGAAAUGAAUACAAAAAGCGUCACAAAUUGUAGUGAUGACGAGGAAAAACCACUUAUAAGCAGAACAACGAGACAGAAGUGCUUGCAUUGCAUCAAAUCAUUUGCAACAAAAUUUGCAUUGCAGCGACACAUGAACAUACACAAACACAAGACAGAUGCAUAUGUACGUUACAUAUGCGUUAUGUGCAACAAGCAUUUUUCGAAUAUUAACAAAUUGAAAAAUCACAUGAUUAUGUGUCACGAGAUUCAGCCGCCAGACGAUAAAGCGUCACAAGAUGACAGAAAGGCAAAUAAAGUGUUGGCGAAAGUUACUAGAAGUGGUACUAUGACGGAUAGCACAAGGGAAGAGAAGAAAAACUUCAAGUUUACAUGCAAAGUUUGCUCGAAACAAUUCAUAUAUCAAAAAUCCUUUUUGUCUCAUGCCAAAAGUCAUGUUGAAUACAAUGUGAAUACAUUGAAUGAUAUACUUGAUCAAUCUACAAAUGAUGUGACAAGUGAACAAAAAGAUAGGAUGUCAACAUUCAGAGAAAAUGAAUCUGAAGAGGAGGAAGAAGAAGAGGAUGACGAUGACAGUGAUUUACCGAUCAAAAGUCUUCAGUGUACUCAGUGUGGUAAACUUUUUGCUACAAAGAGAAAUCUGAAGAGGCAUAUCUCAACGCACAGCGGCUUGAAGUUUAAUUGUUCAACUUGUGGUAAAGGAUUUUCAAGAAUCGACAAGCUGAAGGAUCAUGAACAAUCGAAACACAAAGAGGAAAUAUUCGGCAACACUGAUGACGAAGACGAUGACGAGGAGGAUAACGAGAGCAAAAUCAAUGAGAAUUCCGAAAACCGAAAGAAGGCAAGUUUAUUUUAUCGACACAACAGGCCACAUAAGUGCAUGCUUUGUCCAAAGGCCUUCGCGCAAGCUCAAUCUUUGGCAAACCACGUAGAAAGACAUAAACGGGUGAAGGACACGCAAAAACGGUUUCUUUGCGAAAAAUGUAGCAAAUGCUUUGCUCAGAGUGGCUCGCUGGUGGCGCAUAUGCGUACACAUACUGGUAUCAAGCCAUAUGUAUGCAAUGUAUGCAGUCGUGCCUUCACCAAGAGCACGUACUUACAGUUGCAUCUGAGAACUCAUAGCGGUGAGAAACCGUAUAUCUGUCAGUAUUGUAGUAGAGCAUUUGCCCGGGCCAAUACUCUGGCGCGGCACAUCACUAUGCACACUGGUGAGGCCAAAUAUCAUUGCAACAUCUGUACCAAGUCCUUCCGACGAUUGACCUCGCUGAACGAACACACGUAUACACAUACCGGUCAACGACCGUACGCGUGCAAGCUUUGUACUAAGAGGUACAACAAUGCUGGCUCGUUAUAUGCUCAUACGAAGAAGUGCAAGGCGCAGCAAUUAUCCAACAGUUCGACAACGUCUGCGUAUGCGGUGUCCACGACAGAUAAUGUACCCCAGCAGAACGACGCGUCUAUGCCCCUACUAAUCUAUUCUCCGAGGAAGCUGGUAGAGGAAGCGGCUGUUGGUCAAGUCGUAUCCACGCCGCAAUACAUGGUAACAAAUGUGCACAAUCAAAAAACAGUGCCGGCCAACGUGAUCCAAUCGUACACCGUAGAGGACCCAAACAUGUAUAAUUCAAAACAGUUUAAGAACUCUUAUUACGCUAUUUAUCCAAACAUGCAAUAA